AUGACCCUGUGCCCGGUAAGCUCUGGGAACAGCCUUCCCAUGAUUUGUUUAGGCCGAAUCUCACAAGUCUUCUACGCAGAGUUCUUCGACGUCAAAUUUUGUCCGUACCAACCUUUGGAUGCGAGCCCCAUUUUCGCUGCCGUCAGCAAGAAGCAUAUAGUCGUUUGUCGCCUGACAGCAACCGCCGAUGACUCCAAUCCUUGUGAGAUCAUCAGCAUAAUUCGGGAUGACGAUGCCGAGGCUAGAAACUACUAUUGCACUUGGACCCGAGAUGCCGAGACAGGAAAGCCACUGCUGUGCUACGGCGGUGAGGAUGCCAAAAUCAAAAUUUACGACAUAGUUGAGAGCAAGCUCGUCAACGAUGUUUGCGAUGUGGUCACGUCGCCCAUUGACCCCCUGAUUAUCGCCUCUUGUUCCGACGACACUACGGUCCGGAUAUGGAGCCUGGAUCCAAAGCAUGAAAAGCAGCCAUGCCUGUGUAUCCUUGGAGGCGAAGGCCACUACUGGAGCUUGCUCACACUGGCCUGGCAUGACACAGGUCGUUAUAUCCUCUCUGCUGGUCACGAUCAAAUAAUCAACCUGUGGACGGUGCCAGACCUCCCAACUGAGCCGAGUGACCGUCCAGUCGAGGUUCACUACCCUCACUUCUCUACGUCAGAGGUUCACAGCAGUCUCGUAGACUGCGUUUCUUUCUUCGGUGACUACAUCCUCUCCCGAGCAUGCCACGACGAUGUCAUCGUCCUGUGGAAGAUUGAAGGCUUCUCAUCCCAGGAUCCGCCCCUGCCACAAUCCAUGGCCCCGACCACAAUCAACCCAGCCAACCUUACUCGAUCUGCCUUUAACCUGGGCGUCUCGGCGGAAUGCCCAGUUCCCUACACUCGUCUGAUUGAGUUCCAAACCCCUGGCUGCGGCCCGCAGUUCUUCAUGCGGUUCAAGCUGCACUUCGUCCCUGACCAACAUCCCAUCCUGGCUUUCUGUAACGCCAGCGGCAAAAUCUAUUUUUGGGACUUUGAGCAGAUCACCGGAUUCCACGACUAUGUCAACGCUCUCAGACGGCCGAGGAGAGACGGCGAGGAGCCCGUAUCGAAACCAGCCUGGCUGAACGCAAUUACUCACAGAAGCACUGGCAAUGCCAAGUCGGGACUGACUGUCAGGGAGAGGAAGGCGGCUGACAAGGUCCAUCGCACUGAACUCGAGCAGGUACCCGAGUUGAAGGACCGAUUCAACCAAGAGACACUGGAUAUGUGGAAUGGUAAAUACGGCGUCAGCAACCCCCAAGUGCCCCUAAAGCCCCACAAGAUUGAAAAUUGUGGCGCGUCGACGUUUGUGGGUAGACAGGUGGCGUGGAGCCCGGGAGGCCAGUGGUGUGUCGUCGUGGGCAGCUCCAAUUUCGCCUUGGUGCUGCAGAGAUGGGCGCCGUCCAAGAAGGAUGCAUGA